GACACGAGUGCCCUGCUGCCACCACUUCCCAAAUCAUGGGCAAGUUGAGGAUCUCCCUGGAGAGCGUCAUGAACUGGACCUAUGAGUACAACCUGACGGACAGUGAAGGGAACUACUCCUACGAGGAUUACCUGUGCCCUGAGGCGGAGGGCAGGCCCACACACCACUUCCAGAAUGUCCUGGUGCCCUUCACCCACCUGCUGAUCUUCCUGGUGGGUAGCCUGGGCAACCUGCUGGUGAUCGUCAUCCUGUGGCGCUGCAGACGUUCCCGUACUUCCACUGAGCUCUUCCUCCUGCACUUCGCCCUCGCCAACCUCCUGCUGCUGCUCACCUUCCCCUUUGGUGUGGUGGAAAGCUUAGCCGGCUGGGUUUUUGGAGUUUUCCUCUGCAAGCUGCUGAGUGCUGCCAACCGGAUGAGCUUCUACAGCAGCAGCUUCCUACUUAGUUGCAUCAGUGUCGACCGCUACCUGGCCGUGGUGUGCGCCCUGCAGACCUUCCAGAGGCAGCGUGGCCUCUCCAUUCACCUGACUUGCCUGGGGAUCUGGCUCGCUUCCUUCCUGCUGGCCAUGCCUGACCUGCUGUUUACAGAAGUCUGGGCCCAGCAGAACAACCUCAGCGUCUGCUACUUCACGGAGUACGGCCCGCAUGGCAUCAAUUCCUGGCUGGCCAAGCGCUUCCUCUACCACCUGGUGGGCUUCUUCCUGCCCUUGGGAGUCAUGGGCUAUUGCUACACAGCCAUCGUGAGGCUCCUCUGCCAGUCUCAGCGGCUGCAGCGGCAGAAAGCAAUCAAGGUGGCCAUUGCGGUCACCAGCGUCUUCCUGCUCUGUUGGACCCCUUACAACGUUGUCAUCUUCUGGGACACACUUAUCAAACUGGAGGUCAUGGGGAAGACGUGUACAGUGGAAGAAGGGCUGGGCAGUGCCAUCACUGUGACCGAGAUGCUUGCCUACAGCCACUGCUGUCUGAAUCCCAUCCUCUAUGCCUUUGUGGGCAUCAGGUUCCGUCAUGACUUUUGUCGAAUCCUGCAUGAUUUGGGUUGUCUGAGUCAGAAUGCCCUGCAGGAGAUUCUGGGCACCUGCAGAAUUGAGAGCAGUACAGAGACCAACGUAUCCAUUGUUCGGCAAGCAGUCUCCUCGUGUUCUGGAAAUGCCGUGUCUUCUGGCGUGCUAAGUCAGUUGGCUUCUCAGAAGGAUCCAGCUGGCCAGGAGCUCCAGGAAGAAGCAUUGGGCCUGACCUGGAUCCAAAGUAGAGGCUAAGCCCACCAUACAUUCUGCAGAUUGUCUCUGAUCGCUUAUCUGCUGUUUCCCUGGGAGCCUGUGAAUGGUUUGUGCUGACCUCCUCUAGCCUGCUCCAGAAAGAGUCCUGCUACCUUGAUGGUUCAGCAUGCGGUGCUUACACACAGAUCUAGUUUGACUUGGGAGCAGGGCUGUCUCCUCUCUGCCUCCCUCCAGGGUACAUUGGAUAUUUGGAUCCCAGGUCUUUUCCCCCCGAAUGCAACUAGAGAUGGAGAGGUGAGACCCAGCUCCAGGACUUGGUUCGGCUUUCAAAUCUUCAGCAAAGUCCCCUUUAAGCCAGCUGAGAGAGAGUCCAGAGAACCAUGGCGGCCUCUCAUGGGCUCUUCAAAGGGACAGGACCCGGCCCAGGAGACCCUGUGCGCGGUCAGUGUUGAUGCCUAGGCGCGGCAGCACCGUGGCACCUAUCAACCCAGAUCUGAGCUACUUGCCAUCUGAUGCAUCUUGGACUGGAGCAGGAAAUCCCAUGGUCCAGGCCCUGGCAAAGGCCAUUGCUGGCUGCUUUCUGCUUCAGUCUGUCCCUCACAGGACGGCUUCCCCACAAGCUGCGUUCUUAUCUCGGCUGCAUGUGGGACUAGCAGUUGCGGAUGAGAAUCUCCUCUGCCCCCAGCAGGAACUUGGUCUCUGUCCCGCCGAGUUCAUCAGCCAGCGGGCAGCCAAACCUGCAGCUGCCGUCUUUCAGCAGAAACCCCAUUUUGUUUUGCCACGUUGGUCUCUCUGAACACUGCUUCCAGAACUGCACGAUUGAGGACCCAUUCACAGGUUUAGCUUUGCUAGCAAUCACAACGCCUCUCACAGACCUCUAAAAAUCCCAAGCUAGAUGGGGAAGGGAUCAGAGGAGCUUACGUGUAACAAAUUCUCAGCAAUACUGUACUUCUGCUGCAAAUAUUCUCUGAGAAGAAUGCGUGAAAUAGAUUGUGAACUUUUCUUGUGCUUUCCCUUGUGUGAAAUAAAUGCAGUGUGAGCCUUCCUCCCUUCUUCUGCCAUUGACCCAAGAAAGGUGGCUCAGGAAGCAGCACAGCUUGCGGGGGGCGGGGGCAGUCCACGGCAAGGGUAAUAUCCCCCAACUCUAGAUGACAUCACCACUGUCCCAAGUUCAAAACUAGGCCUAAUGUGCGGGCCCCAGUGCGAGUCGGACCAGAGAUAACUUGGGUCAGGCGGCCACAAACUCCCAAGCAGCCUUGGAGUUGAUGCCUGGAUGGCAAACUGGAAUCCCCCACCAGAAAUGCCCAGCAGAGUCCCCUUUGUGAAACGGACACCUCCACCAUCCAACCUGUGCUGGAGAAGGGGCAGUUCAGGUGCUGAGAGAGCUUGGGCCCACCUGCCCUCCUCUGACCAAAGGCAGAUCAGAGGCCCCUUCGCUUUGCCCCUCAGAGGCUCUGCUCUCUCCCCCUGCAGCCUCUCCACCCUGACCAGCCUCACGUCCCUCCACAGCCACGUGGUACUCACCACAUGCACAACCGGAAGGGCUGCUCUGGGACUGGGGUGUGUGCGCUCUGCUCUUCUGACUGUAGAUUAUGGCUGGACAGCCACCCCUGACACCCCUGUCUCCCUAGGCAGGGGAGAAGCCCCUUUGGACCCAAGUGACCCCCAAGAGGACAGCAGAGAGGAUCCCAGGAUAGGUGCUGUACAGCUUCCCCAACCUGGGGUCCUUCCACAGUCCCCAUGGGCAGAGCAGAAGGCCCUUCCCCUUGCCACAGAUCUCCUCCUUUACCCCUUCUUCUGGCAGGUGGAAGCCCCAGCGGGCACAGCAGGGACUCAGGGAGACGAAGCAGGUGGCAUUUUGCUCAGCCCCCAGUGGGCACAGCCCUCUCUCCCACCCUCGCCUAGGAUAGGCAGGAGCUCCUCCCCAAAGUGAGUGCCAGAGCAUCUUCUCCUCCUCUGAGAAGCUUCUGCCAUGGUGAAUUUUUUAAAAAUAUAAAACAUUAAUACAUAAGACAAACCCCCACCAUUUAUAACAACAAAACAUUUGACUGUAGAACUACUUAAAAGAAUUGGGAAGGAAGUGCCUAAGGCAGGCCUUGGGAAGAGGGGUCCUAACAGUCAUGGUGGGAGGUACCUCUCAAAACUUGGGGGUGGCGAGG